AAAGCACUUCAAUAGUUUACCUAUAUUCGAACCCCUUUGCGCCUCCGUAAAGUCUGACAUUUCUUCUCUCUCCGCGUCUCAGUAGAAGGAUACAAAAAGUCUGAAUUCUUAAAAGAGAGCCUUUAAAUUACCUCUGGUCUCUCGGCCUUCUUUUUUACAAUUAUAGGGAUUUGUACAUUAUUUUUUCUAUAAUAUACAUACAUAAACACACACAGGAUUAUUGUUUUCUCAUGCUCAGAGGGACAUUCAACCAUUGCUCUCUCUUCGGGAUUUACUUCUAAAACAUGUCUUACGCCUAUCUCUUCAAGUAUAUUAUCAUCGGCGAUACCGGAGUUGGAAAAUCAUGUCUUCUUUUGCAAUUUACUGACAAACGAUUUCAGCCGGUCCACGACUUGACCAUUGGGGUUGAAUUUGGGGCUAGAAUGAUCACAAUAGACAAUAAGCCCAUAAAACUACAGAUCUGGGAUACGGCCGGUCAAGAAUCAUUCAGAUCUAUCACGAGGUCAUACUACAGAGGUGCUGCUGGGGCACUACUUGUUUAUGAUAUUACAAGGAGGGAAACAUUUAAUCACCUUGCUAGCUGGCUGGAAGAUGCUAGGCAGCAUGCAAAUGCAAACAUGUCCAUAAUGCUGAUAGGAAACAAGUGUGAUCUGGCCCACAGACGGGCUGUAAGUACAGAGGAAGGCGAGCAAUUUGCCAAGGAAAAUGGGUUGAUAUUUAUGGAGGCCUCUGCCAAAACAGCUCAGAAUGUUGAAGAGGCUUUUAUCAGAACAGCCUCAACAAUUUAUAAGAAAAUACAGGACGGAGUCUUUGAUGUAUCAAAUGAGUCUUAUGGAAUAAAAGUUGGAUAUGGAGGCAUUCCCGGGCCUUCAGGUGGAAGAGAUGGAGCUGCUUCUCAAGGAGGGGGUUGUUGUAGUUAAAAAUGGACAUUUAUUAUUAAUCUUUAACCUAUCAUGUGUUCCUACGGUUGUUUAUUUGUAGUUUGAGAUUCUUAAUAUUGUGUGUUUUCUUCAGUGAGUUUGUUUAAAAAUGGAUAUAUGUGCAGAAAUAAGUAAAUACCGUACAUAAAGACAUUGUAAUUUUCAUUUUCGCAUUUUAUUUGUAAUAUUAACAUUUUCAAAUGUGAAUAUGGUAUCAGAUCAUCUGAGCUUGUGUGAA